CCAAACUGCUUUUCUACGGUCUGGUCCAGUGAGAGAGCCGCUGUGUAUGUGUGAGCACAGAGGGCUGCUUCUGCUGCUUCUCCUGAUGUCAGGCACAGACAUGUGUCAGUAGACAGACACAGAGAGAGAGAGACAAAAACUGUGUGUUUGGAGAUAAAGCACCUCUCAGCGUUUCGUGUUCCCACUUCAGCUGCCAGUGCAUGAGGUCACUGCGCCUCUGGAUACGGGACUCAUCUUUCCUCCACCAGGACGAUCUGGAUAGAAACAAUGGUUCGUUAGAAAAGGGGUCAAGCUGAAGGUCACAGUGAGAGAAAAUAGAGAAGAAAGCAAGAGAAAGGAAAAUCAGUCUGCCAGAUAAAGCCAACAUGAACCCCAUACGGAAAGACAUGGAGCUGCUAAGUAACAGCAUGGCUACCUACGCCCAUAUAACAGAGAACAUGGAGAGCUUCGCGCUGUACUUCAUGCUGGGUGUUUGUUCAGGUCUUCUGCUGGCCUUGGUCCUCCUCAUACUGGGCAUCGCCUGCCGACCGAGCUCAAAAACAAAAACAAAAACAAAAACAAAAACACCCUCCUCACCGGACAAGAAACGACUGAAAGAAUCUAGCGAGGAGGAGGAGGAAGACAAGGAAGAGGACCAAAGUGAGGAAGGGGAUGACGAAGACCUAGAGGUCCCAGUGGUUACUGUGAGCCCCAUGAGCGAUCAGACCCAGCUAAACGGAACCAUUAAGAGCGUAAAUGUGUUUGCUUCAGCAGAGGAGCUGGAGAGAGCCAGGAGACUGGAAGAGAGAGAACGGAUCGUCAGGGAGAUCUGGAGGAACGGACAGCCGGAUAUACUCGUCACCGGCACAGGCACACUUGGACGAGUUCACUAUCACUAGUAGUGUUUUUUCUACAGGACGCCGUUGUUUCAUGCAGAUAUGGAAUACAACAGGACAUUUAUUUGUGCAACAGAUUUAAAAUGGGAUGGAUUGAGCAUGCUCUUAAGUUUUUUUUUUUUAUAGUGAUGCUAUUAAAGAACCAUUUUGUAUUCCCCAAAGAACCUUUUAGUGAACAGUACUUAAAAUAACAAUUUGUGACCAUGGACCACAAAACCAGUCAUAACGGUCAAUUUUUUGAAUUUGGAGAUUUAUACAUUGAUACAAGCAGAGAAAAUAUGAUUUCCAUUGAUAUAUGGUUUAUUAGGAUAGGACAAUAUUUGGCCAAGAUACAACUAUUUGAAUAUCUGGAAUCUAAGGGUGCAAAAAAAAAAAAAAAAAAAAAAUUGAGAAAA